AUGCGGAGCGAAAAGGGCAACCCCGCCAUGCGCACGCAGCCGAUCAAACCUUGCACGGUCAACAUGCUCCUCGGCCGCAUCAAAGCCUGUCAGAUGGCGGCCAAGAUAGAGGCGACCCUCUACAAGGAGAAGGAGAUGCAUAUCAUGCAGGACAUCUCGGUCAUCCGCACGGAAGUGUGUAUCAUGGUUCGCACAAAGAACAAGGCUGACAACAAUGUACGCGAGAUCACGCUCGCCGACCUCUUUCUGUACCGACUGUCUAGCGGGUCGGCGACAAACCCGAACAACCAGCCAAUGGUCAUGGUGAUCGCGGUGCGGAACUCCAAGACGUGCAAGGAUGCCCGUCUUCAUCACAACUACGCGGCGAGGCACUUGGAGGCUGAAGUGUGUGCUGUCGGUGAUACCCUCCUCUGGCUACACUUCAUCUACGACCAGAUCCCCCAGAUCUACGGCGUCCGCCUGAUCCCGCCGCUUGACGUACGCCGACCAGAACUCUGGUACGACAAGCAUCUCUUCUUCUCCAAGACCGACAAAGAGCAAGGCAUGCUGCCGUCGUCGAGCCAGCAACGAAUCACGCGGCAGCUGUGGACGGCGAACAAGGUUUUCAUCAAGCGCAACGUGCACGCCGCUAGGGCCGGCGGGGCACAGGAGCUGGCGGACCAAGGUACUCCGUGCGCCGAGAUCGCCGAACUGGGUCACUGGGCGAUAGGCAAGAUGACGAGGAGUUACAUCACGUCCCUCCCCGUCGGGGUGGUGAUAAGGAAGGCCGGCUACUCGGGAGCCAAAAGCGACUACUUCUUGGGGCGCAGCAUGUUGAAUCCCGGCCCAGACCUCGAAAAGACGAUCGCCGCGCACAUCUUUCCCGACGUGGAGGAUCAGUUGGAGGAUGUGAGUAAAGCGACGCCGACAUCGUAA